UCAAGGUUUAACAUAUUCUUAUUUAUUUAUUUCUUAAAAUUACAUUUACCUCCCUCAGUUUUAUCUAAAUGACACUUUCACCCCAUUUUCGAAAAACAACAUCGCUAAAUUUUCCGUUUUCGUUUUCUGCAACUGUUGUUAUUCUGCCAUGAACUACAAACUCGGAUUCAAACAAGUAAAGCACUUUCUCUAUGUUGCAUUCAAACAACGAAGUUCAUACACAACUACCAGUUGCAAUUAUGUCAUGUCAAGAUCACGUUUAUUGGAAGAAUCUUUCACUGCUCAAUUGGAAUCUAUGUUUCGGGCUAGUUCGAAUUCAGAUGCGUCUAUGGUUAAACAAGUUAGACAAAUUCAUGCUCAGGUUGUUGUUGGUGGAAUGGGUAAUAGUCUUACGUUGGGUUCAAGGAUUCUGGGAAUGUAUGUUCUUUGUGGAAAAUUCAAUGAUGCUGGGAAUUUGUUUUUUAGGGUUGAGUUGUGUUAUAGUCUUCCUUGGAAUUGGUUGAUAAGAGGUUUUUCUAUGAUGGGGUGUUUUGAUUUUGCUUUGAUGUUUUUCUUUAGGAUGUUGGGUAGUAAUGUUGCACCUGAUAAGUAUACAUUUCCUUAUGUGAUUAAAGCUUGUGGUGGUUUGAAUAAUGUCAAAUUGUGUAAGAUGGUUCAUGAUUUGGCUCGGUCGAUGGGGUUUCAUAUGGAUUUGUUUAUUGGUAGUUCUUUGAUUAAGUUGUAUACGGAUAAUGGUUAUGUUCAUGAUGCUAGGUGCCUGUUUGAUGAAUUGCCUGUGAGAGACUGCAUUUUGUGGAAUGUUAUGUUUAAUGGUUAUGUGAAAAAUGGGGAUUUUAGUUCAGCGUUGGGAACUUUUCAGGAUAUGAGGAACUCUUGCGUUAAACCUAAUUCGGUUACGUUUGUUUGUCUUUUGUCGGUAUGUGCUACGAGAGGGAUACUUGGUGCUGGUAUUCAGCUUCAUGGUCUUGUUAUUAGGAGUGGGUUAGAGUCUGAUCCUCAGUUGGCAAACACACUUAUUACAAUGUACUCUAAAUGUGGGAGCCUUUUUGAUGCGAGAAAGAUUUUCGAUAUGAUGCCACAGACUGAUACAGUUACUUGGAAUGGUUUGAUUGCUGGAUAUGUACAGAAUGGAUUAACAGACGAGGCUGCGCCUUUGUUGAAAGCAAUGGUUGCUAGUGGAGUCAGACUAGAUUCGGUUACAUUUGCAAGUUUCCUUCCUUCGAUUCUUGAAUCUGGGAGUCUCAAGCAUUGUAAGGAAGUUCAUGGUUAUAUAGUGCGUCAUGGGGUGCCUUUUGAUGUCUAUUUGAAGAGCGCUCUCGUUGACAUAUACUUCAAGGGCGGAGAUGUGGAGAUGGCGUGCAAGACUUUCCAGCAGAAUAUGUUGGUUGAUGUUGCAGUUUGCACGGCUAUGAUCUCGGGCUAUGUGCUUAACGGGAUGAAUAUUGAAGCUAUAAACAUUUUUAGGUGGUUAGUUCAAGAGGGAAUGAUGCCUAAUUGCCUGACUAUGGCUAGUGUUUUGCCUGCUUGUGCUGCUUUGGCGUCUCUGAAAUUUGGAAAGGAAUUGCACUGCGAUAUUCUGAAAAAAGGACUGGAGAAUGUGUGUCAAGUGGGAUCUUCAAUCACAUAUAUGUAUGCAAAAUGUGGAAGAUUGGAUCUUGCAUAUCAAUUUUUCAGAAGAAUGCCUGAAAAAGAUAGUGUAUGCUGGAACUUAAUGAUUGUAAGUUUCUCGCAGAAUGGUAAACCAGAAAUGGCCGUCGAUCUUUUUCGGCAAAUGGGAAUGAGUAGAACAAAGUUUGACGCUGUGAGCUUAUCAGCUACUCUCUCUGCUUGUGCAAAUUUACCGGCACUCUAUAACGGGAAAGAGUUGCAUUGCUUUGUUGUACGAAACUCAUUUAUCUCUGACACUUUUGUUGCAAGUGCACUAAUCGACAUGUACUCUAAAUGCGGAAAACUAGCUUUGGCUCGGUGUGUGUUUGACAUGAUGGAUUGCAAGAAUGAAGUUUCAUGGAAUAGCAUCAUUGCUGCCUAUGGAAACCACGGCCGCCCGAGAGAAUGCCUGGAUCUAUUCCAUGAGAUGUUAGAAGCUGGGAUUCAACCUGAUCAUGUUACUUUUCUUGUUAUAAUAUCGGCUUGUGGUCAUGCAGGCCUAGUUGAUGAAGGGGUAUACUACUUCCGUUGCAUGACCGAGGAAUACGGGCUAUGUGCUAGGAUGGAACACUUUGCAUGCAUGGUAGAUUUGUAUGGUCGUGCUGGUCGUUUGCACGAAGCAUUCGAUACCAUAAAAAGCAUGCCAUUCACCCCUGAUGCAGGUACUUGGGGGUCACUUCUUGGUGCUUGUCGGAUUCAUGGAAAUGUUGAGCUUGCUAAACAUGCUUCAAGACAUCUUGUUGAACUAGACCCAACAAAUUCUGGAUACUAUGUUUUACUUUCAAAUGUACAUGCUGGAGCUGGUGAAUGGGAAAGUGUUCUUAAGGUUAGAAGUUUAAUGAAGGAAAAAGGAGUUCAAAAGAUACCUGGAUACAGCUGGAUUGAUGUCAAUGGUGGAACUCAUAUGUUUUCUGCUGCUGAUGGAAGUCACUCUCAAUCUGUUGAGAUCUAUUUGAUUCUUAAAAGUCUUCUUCCGGAGUUGAGAAAACAGGGUUAUGUUCCUCAACCUUAUCUUCCGCUGCACCCACAAAUUAUGAGCAAUAAUUGUUUGGAGAAUCAUUGAUUUAUUUCAUAUUCUCAUUUCUCACCAUCAGUGAUUACAAAUAUCAUUUAAUGCAACUCUUCUUAUUACAAAAAUACUAACCGAACUUAUUUAUGAGUUUGAUUUCAGUCAUCCCUUACUACUAAUUCUCAAGCUGUAAUUAUUCAUCAACUUAUGAACUUUGUAGCACUAACAUAUUAUUCAAAGUUAUACUUGAAAUACUACUUGAAACCAUGUUGGUCAUUCUUGCAACUUCUAUGUUCCCUCUUUAUCAUCAAGUUCCUCUUACUGAAUCUGUUACAUUCGUUGAUUAUUUCUAGAACAAUAUACUAUUUUACUUUUUUCUUUUUCAACUAUAAAUUUUUUGCUAUUUUGGUGAACUUGUACACUCUAUCUAUACUUUAUAAAACAGCAAGUAGGAUUUGUUGAUGUAAAAGCACCUUGAUCCACAUGUAAGACUUCCUAAAUUCAUUUUCCUUCAUUUGAUUGUUGUUAGUCCGUGUCGUCUGAAUUGUGCUUAAGUCUUUUCUUGCUCUCCAUAUGAAAGAUUGAGCAUUUGAAGCAAUAUGUUGAAGCCUUUGCUUUUCGCUUUCAUAAAUUUUUUAACAGAUGUACUAUUUUUUUAUCCCAAGGAACUGAAGAGAAAUUUUAAUUCCAUAUUUAAAUUCUUUGAAAUUUUGAUGUGAAUGAUGCUUAUUGCAAACCUCAUGGCUUGUUUCAAAUUGACAUCAUUCAUUCUCAUUAAGUUAUGCUCUUCCUUCGGUCUUCCAAGUAUAUAUUUUUUUGUCCGUGCAUAUUUCUUGUAGAUAUAUUCAGUACUUCCUGUCAACAAGGUUCUUUGACAAUAGGUAGAGGGUUUUGUUUUUUGAAAACUCGGUAUCUGAGAAAUGACCAACUAAUCCGGGGAAAUCAAUCCAAUCGUCCACUAGUGGGGAGCUCAAUUGAAAGCAGAACUAAGUUCUGUAUGGAUUAGCCUAACACUGAAAUUGUUGGCACCUGGAAAAUUUGAAUCUGAGACCUAGAGAGGAACACACUCUUAGGUCCUAAGUCCUCACUACCAAGUCAACCCCUAGGGGUUUAUAGAUAGGUUAAUACAAAAAAAAAAAAUCACUGCCUAUAUUUAAAGAAGAAAAGAUGAACUUAUUUUUUAUCUUAAUGUGAUGGUUAAUUUUCCCCUUGAUAUAUAUCUAUGUUUAGAAGGUGAGGGGUUGUUAGUGUUUUUCAUUGGCUCUCUGAAUAUGCAUGGUUACUUUCUACCUAGCAACUUUGCAAGUGCUCGGUAAAAUUGAGUUGGAAAUUUUGCUUUAGAAGCUCGCGAACUGGUGUUCUGAUUAUAUUUCUGGUGUCUUUUGUCAUUGCUUUAGUUAAGACAGCUAGUAUAGAAAUUGAGUAUUGUGUUAUUCUUAUCAAAUCAUGGGUCAAUCGGAUUGCUUUCUGUCAUUUCACAGUAAUGUGUUUAUAAUCUACAGGUUUCAAAAUUGCAUUGUAUAUACAUGUUUUAUCCGAAAAAGUGUUCAUUUUAGUAGCCAAAUUAUGUAUAUUUUGAUUUUGAGAAACAAGGUUUAUCAUGAGAUUUUAGCAAAGACCCAAACCAGUUGUGGGAAAACAUAGAAGAGCAGUUUUUCAGAACCUUAAAACGGAAUACUUGUUGGAUUAGUUAAUUGAAACAUGCUAAUGCAAAGAAAACUAUGGUUGUUACACUUCAUUUUUUUCAGUGCUGAGAGCUUAGGUUUUUGUUUCAAUGUGCCUAUUGGAUUCUGUUGGUUAAAGCUGAUCAUUCUUCUCUCACUCGAGGUUUCAGGAUUUCAACAUGUCUAUUGGAUGCUGUUGGUUAAAGCUGAUUAAUCUACUUUAUUAUCUAUUUAUACAACUUAGCUACAGUUAUUUAUUCACACAAAUUCUCCUGCUCACUAUUCUGCUCUAUCUCCUGCUCACUCUUCUGCUCUAUCUCUUCUCGAAGUUCUCGCAAACACAUAGCAGUUUCUCAAACAAAGAUCUCAAGUGUUUUCCCCGUUGAUAGUAGCAUUUCUUCAUCUCAAUUGCAUCAUCCACUAUGAUUCAAGACCCAUCCCGCAGGAAACAUCACUCAAUAUGUACAUUACCUUAAUCCCUAGCCUAAUCCUUGCAUUAUAGCUUGAAAUAUCAAAACACUGAUCCUCUCAGAGAAAAGGGUAAUAACCCUGUAACCAUAACUGGUGAUUUCUUAAGUACCUAUGUUCAUUAACUGAAAAAAUGUGUUUCUUAUACGUGUUGGUGCUGUUUAGUUCAAUCUCAAUAUGAUGCUCUCACACCUAUUUCCAGAUUGUUAGGCUGCUGGACAGAUGAGGAAUUAAAGACUUAAAGAUUGUUAGACUUCUUUUGUAUUUGAUUUGUACUAUUUAAUGCACAAAUAAUUUGUGAAAUUGUGUACUCAUUCAACUUGAUGGAGCCAUUAACCCUCUCCUGCUGUUCUAUACACUAGUAGGUACCAUCUCUUUUGGAGAUUUGCUAUAAUUGACUUCGGAGAAAGUAGAUAGGUCUAUUUUGUUUUGCAAAAGAAAAAUGAUAGGUGUAUUUGUUAAUUCUUUUGUAUAUAAUAUAUUGUUAAAAUUUGUAUAAACCCAUGUUAAUAAUAGGAACAUAUCAACACAAAAAUAAAUGUA